GUCUGCUUUCAUUAUUCAAUUAUUAUUAUUCUCUGAACGGAAUUGUUAGCAAUAUCCUCAGAAUUAAUGCCCUAGAGAUUGAAAUCCCAAUUCCCCCUCACCAUCAGAUCUCUGCAUCUCCACUUUCUUUGCAUCUCCCUCUCUGGAGGUGUAAAAAAGAUUACUCUAUUUUCCUGGAAUUCAAAGAGAAAUUUGAAAUGGGUAUUGUGCAGAAGUGAUUGUUAUCAAGAAAUGUGAAUUCCUCUCUUGUGAUGAUUGAAUUUGUUCAUCUUAUAGAAAAGGGGGUUUUGUAGUUUUUUUUUUGGAAAUAAUGGGGACAAGGGAAGUGAAGGGGGGAAAUGAUGAUCUUGUCCCAUUAGCUGCACUAAUUAGUAGAGAGUUAAAGAGUGAAAAAAUGGAGAGGCCAAGCUUGAGGUAUGGCUGUUCUGCACAGUCUAAGAAAGGAGAGGAUUGUUUCAUGAUGAAGACUGAUUGCCAGAGAGUCUCCGGAAGCCCUUCAUCAUCUUUCUCUGUCUUUGGGAUAUUUGAUGGGCAUAAUGGGAAUGCAGCAGCAGUGUUCUCAAGGGAUUACCUAUUAGCUCACAUUUUAAGUGCAAUUCCGCGAGGCUUAAACCGAGAUGAGUGGCUUCAAGCGCUACCCCGGGCACUUGUUGCCGGUUUUGUGAAAACCGACAAGGAGUUCCAGAGGAAAGGGAAAACCUCUGGCACCACUGCAACAUUUGUGGUAGUUGAUGGAUGGACCGUGACGGUUGCAUCCGUGGGAGACUCCCGGUGCAUUUUAGACACUCCGGGUGCUGAUGUGGCGAUAUUGACGGUAGAUCACAGGCUUGAAGAAAAUGUGGAGGAAAGGGAACGUGUCACGGCGAGUGGGGGCGAAGUAGGGAGGCUAAACAUUUUUGGUGGUGCUGAGAUUGGUCCUCUUCGUUGUUGGCCGGGAGGGUUAUGUCUUUCGAGAUCCAUAGGGGACAUGGAUGUAGGAGAAUUCAUAGUUCCAAUCCCAUACGUUAAACAAGUAAAGUUAUCGAAUGUAGGCGGGCGGUUAAUAAUCGCAUCGGAUGGAAUAUGGGAUGCUUUGCCUUCGGAGGUCGCCGCUAAAUCUUCUCGUGGAUUGCCUGCUGAGCUCGCAGCUCGUCAAGUAGUUAAGGAGGCAUUGAGGACGCGCGGGUUGAAGGACGACACGACGUGCAUAGUGGUUGACAUAAUACCGCCUCCCGAAAAUGCCGUCCCACCUGCGGUUGCCCCGAAGAAGUAUAACAAGCUUCAAGCACUAUUGUUCAGAAAGAAAUCCGCCGCUAAACCGUCCAAAAAGAUGGCGGCCGUCGGCAUUGUUGAGGAGUUGUUUGAGCAAGGGUCUGCCAUGCUUGCUGAUAGAUUGGGGAGCGAAGAGGAUACAAACGGUUCAUCAAUGUCGGGUCUGUUCAUAUGUGCGGUUUGCCAGGUUGACAUAGCCGCGAGUGAAGGCAUAUCGGUGCAUGCGGGGUCCAUCUUCGCCACGGGCUCGAAGCCAUGGCAAGGCCCAUUUCUUUGCGCCGAUUGUCGCAUCAAGAAGGAUGCAAUGGAAGGGAAACGACCGAGUGGAGUCAAAGUCACUUAGGGGUUGUUCCGUUCCCCGUAAUACAAUUUGGAUCGUGAUACAGUCACACCACGGAUGACAACAAGGUCGACACGAGCAGUGUUUUACAUACAAUAAAUAUCUAUACGUGAUUGUCCAUAAUGGUGUCAAACUUGAUGUCAUUCAUGGGGUUAAAGUAGCAUUUUCCAUACAAUUUUCGAUCCGGUGUAUCUAUGGUUUUUGUUACUUCUUCCUCAUUCUUGCACAAUAUAUGUAUGUAUCUAUGAUCAUUAUUUUUAUGUAAACAUAUUUUCUCAAUAAUUGAAAGGGCAACUUAUAGAGUGGCCUAUAAGAAGGCUUUUUG